UAACGUGAAAGAAGGAGAGAAAGAAGGAAGUAAGUGGCCAAAGUGACAAAAGAGGAACAAGUUCUAAGCCAAUGCAUGUUUAAAACAUAACCAAAAGAACAAAAGAGAGAGCUUGACACACCAAUCUAGAGGUAUUGUGCUGUACUCUAGGAAUAUACAGAUGAAAUGACCCGAAUCCUGCCGACCAUUUAACCAAGAAAGGAGUGGAAUGGAAUGAAAUCCCCCUGAUACAGUACAAUUACACAUUCAUGGCUGUAAUGUGAAGAGCAACACACACGAAGAGAGCCGUCUUCCAAAAAUAAGUAUAUACGCUCUUUCCCCUAAUCACAUCAGGGCUUUACCAGAUAAUGUUCUUUCAGAUCUGAAAAGGAAAUGCCUGAAAGAGCUUCCAAGCUCCUUUUUGAAUAAUACUAGGCUACAAGGAAUUACAUUGGUCUGUUCCUGUGAAUUUGCUAAGGUUAACACUAAACCACUAAAGAGCACUGUUUGUACAGAAAUGUUGAAAAGCUGUGGAAAUAAUUUAGCGGCCAUUUCUGUAGGAAUUAUGCUUCUUUUACUCUUAGUGGUUUGUGGAAUCGGGUGUGUUUGGCGCUAUAAACACCAUGUUGUCACACGAUUUACCUUACCGAGGUUUUUGCAAAGGAGAAGCAGCAGGAGAAAAGUCUGUACUAAAACAUUCUUGGGCCCCCGCAUCAUUGGCUUAAGGCAUAAAAUCUCAGUUGAAACCCAAGACCACAGAUCUGCUGUCAGGGGAAAUGACAUACACAGCAACUAUGAAAAUGUGGAAGCGGGUCCUCCCAAAGCUAAAGGAGAAACCGAUAAGGAACUAUAUGAAAACACACAGCAGUCUAAUUUCAAGGAGCAUCUCUAUGGAAAUGAGACAUCUUCUGACUAUUAUAACUUCCAGAAGCCUCUUCCUUCUGAAGUUCCUCAAGACGAAGACAUAUACAUUCUUCCAGAUUCAUAUUAGCUUUUCAAAAUAUUGACUUUUGUUAUUGGAUGAUAAAUAUUCACUGUAAUUUUUCAAUAGCAAAGGAAUGGAAUCAAACUAAAUGUUUAUCAAUAGUAGACUGGAUAAAGAAAAUGUGGUACACAUACACCAUGGACUAUUAUGCAGCCAUAAAAAAGAACAGGAUCAUACCCUUUGCAGAAACAUGUCUUUAGCAAACUAACACAGGAACAGAAAAUCAAAUGCCACCUAUUCUCACUUAGAAAUGGGAGCCAAAUAAUAAGAACACAUGGAAAGAAAGAGAGGAACAACAGACACUGGGACCUACUUGAGGGAGGAUGGUGGGAGGAGGGAGAGGUUCAGGAAAAAACAAAAACUAUUGGUACUGUGUGUGAUGAAAUAAUCUUUACACCAAACCCCCAAGUCACACGUGUUCCUAUAUAACAAACCUGCACGUGUACCCCUGAACAUAAAAUAAAAAUUAAAAUAUUAAAAAUAAUUCACUGUGGUUUUUAUUGUACUGAUGUCAUUAUUAAUCAAGUUCUGAUAAGGAGGUGGUCUCUGCUCUAUCUUCACCCUUCUGAAUCCUAUGUGUAUCACUGUGGAUUAAUUCUAGAUAUCUUCUCCUCCCUCCUCGCCCCAGAUUAAAUAUGUAUUAUAUGAUAUUGAUUCUUCCUUCUAAAUGUUACCUGUUAUCUCUUUCCUUGAUUUCUACCAUGAUCUUUAUCUAGUUUCAGAAUUAUUGUCACAGGCUCCUAACUGGUCUUCCUGCUUCUAGUUUCUACCAACUCCAUCAAUUACCCACGGUAUUGCCAGAUUUAUCUUCAGAAAAUAUUCCCAGCAGCCACAUCAUUUCUUUUGCUUAAAAUGUUUUAAUGCCCCCUCUUUGCAAAAGACAUUAUACCCAUAAUUUGAACUCCAAAAUUUAUGGUUUUCCACAGUUGGUUCCAAUUCACUUUUCCAAUGACUUCUCCUACUAUCUCUCAUUUCUUUGCUUUCAUCAGAAUCAUCCCAAAACCUGCCAAACUUAUCCUGCCUUCACAGCUUUGCUUUUCUCCCUUCUCUCUCAAGUCUGCUUCAGAUCAUAAGCUUUCCACGCGUCUCCUGAAUCACUCCAAACCCGCAUUUACCUUUUUAUUUUCUGAUAGAAGUUUUGAUGCCUCUUCAAUUCUUAGGACAUUUAAACAUGAAUGUUGCCACAGCAUUUUAUUACGUAGAUUUAUAUGAAAAUGUCUUAAAUUCCUACC